CGUGUAUAUGGGAGUGCCAGUGCAUCUCACACACCCACUGGCAUUUCUUUCACACGCGGAGUGGUGUGGAAAAGGAGAGGGACGGCAGCUGGGCAUAGCAGUGGAGGGAGACAGAAUCCGAAUAUCGCUAACCAAGACGCUCGGCUCUUCAAUUUGACCUGCCUACUAUCAACUAUUCUGCUUUGAAUCCAGCCUAAAACAGUUUCAUCUGCUGAGGAUACCCGACUGACUGAGAUGGGGUACGGACGGUCAGACAGCUACCGUGUGGCCACCACGACGGAGAAGGAUGAGAAGGAGUCCCCCAAGAAGGCGGACUCCAAGAAGGCGGACUCCAAGGCAGACAAGAAGACCAAGGACAUGGAGGAAUUGAAGAAGGAAGUUCCCUUGACGGAACACAAGAUGUCCAUCGAGGAGGUAUGCCAGAAGUACUCUACCGACAUAGUCCAGGGUCUGACCAAUGCCAAGGCCGCUGAGUACCUGGCUCGAGACGGCCCCAACGCCCUCACGCCUCCCCCCACCACCCCCGAGUGGGUCAAGUUCUGUCGCCAGCUGUUCGGUGGCUUCUCCAUCCUGCUGUGGACCGGCGCCAUCCUCUGUUUCCUGGCCUACGCCAUCCAGGCCGCCACCGAGGACGAGCCCGCAGGAGACAAUUUGUACCUGGGUAUCGUUCUCUCGGCUGUCGUCAUCAUCACCGGCUGUUUCUCCUACUUCCAGGAGGCAAAGAGCUCCAAAAUCAUGGAGUCCUUCAAGAACAUGGUGCCCCAGCAAGCGCUGGUGAUCCGCGAGGGCGAGAAGAUGCAGAUCAACGCUGAGGAGGUGGUGGCUGGAGACCUGGUGGAGGUGAAGGGAGGAGAUAGGAUCCCCGCCGACCUCAGGAUCGUCUCUGCUCACGGCUGCAAGGUGGAUAACUCCUCCCUGACUGGUGAAUCAGAACCCCAGAGCAGGUCACCCGACUGUACCCAUGACAACCCCCUGGAGACCCGCAAUGUCGCUUUCUUCUCCACCAACUGUGUUGAAGGCACGGCGCGUGGCAUCGUGGUGUGCACCGGCGACCGUACCGUCAUGGGCCGUAUCGCCACCCUCACCUCCGGCCUGGAGUCGGGCAAGACCCCCAUCGCCAAGGAGAUCGAGCAUUUCAUCCACCUGAUCACAGGUGUGGCCGUGUUCCUGGGCAUCACCUUCUUCAUCCUGGCCGUCUGCCUGGGCUACACCUGGCUGGAGGCUGUUAUCUUCCUCAUCGGCAUCAUCGUGGCCAACGUGCCCGAGGGCCUGCUGGCUACUGUCACUGUGUGUCUGACCCUGACCGCUAAGCGUAUGGCUCGUAAGAACUGCCUGGUGAAGAACCUUGAGGCUGUGGAGACCCUGGGCUCCACCUCCACCAUCUGCUCUGAUAAGACUGGCACCCUGACCCAGAACAGGAUGACCGUGGCCCACAUGUGGUUCGACAACCAGAUCCACGAGGCCGACACCACUGAGGACCAGUCUGGCGCCUCUUUCGACAAGAGCUCGGAGACGUGGUUGGCGCUGGCGCGCGUGGCGGCCCUGUGUAACCGGGCGCAGUUCAAAGCGGCUCAGGACCAGCUGCCCAUCCUGAAGAGGGACGUGGCGGGCGACGCCUCCGAGUCCGCGCUGCUGAAAUGUAUCGAGCUGUCCUGCGGCAGCGUCAGGCAGAUGAGGGAGAAGAACAAGAAGGUGGCCGAGAUCCCCUUCAACUCCACCAACAAGUACCAGCUCUCUGUGCAUGAAACGGAGGAUGAGAACGACAACCGCUACCUGCUGGUGAUGAAGGGAGCACCAGAGAGGAUCCUGGACCGCUGCUCCUCCAUCUUGAUCCAGGGCAAGGAGCAGCCCAUGGACGAGGAGAUGAAGGAGGCCUUCCAGAACGCCUACAUGGAGCUGGGAGGACUGGGGGAGAGAGUACUCGGCUUCUGCCACCUGCUAAUGCCCGAGGACCAGUACCCCAAGGGCUUUGCCUUCGACUGUGACGACGUCAACUUCACCACAGAGAGCCUGUGCUUCGUGGGCCUCAUGUCCAUGAUUGACCCUCCCCGUGCCGCCGUGCCCGACGCCGUGGGAAAAUGUCGCUCCGCUGGCAUCAAAGUCAUCAUGGUGACCGGCGAUCAUCCAAUCACAGCCAAGGCUAUCGCCAAGGGCGUGGGCAUCAUCUCCGAGGGCAACGAGACCGUGGAGGACAUCGCCUCUCGCCUCAAUAUCCCUGUCAGCCAGGUCAAUCCCAGGGAUGCCAAGGCGUGUGUGAUCCACGGGACAGACCUGAAGGAUCUGUCUCAGGACCAGAUGGAUGAGAUCCUGAGGAACCACACUGAGAUUGUGUUCGCCAGGACCUCCCCCCAGCAGAAACUCAUCAUCGUGGAGGGCUGCCAGAGACAGGGUGCCAUCGUGGCUGUGACUGGUGAUGGGGUGAACGACUCUCCCGCCCUGAAGAAGGCUGACAUCGGCGUCGCCAUGGGGAUCUCCGGCUCAGACGUCUCCAAACAAGCCGCUGACAUGAUCCUGCUGGACGACAACUUUGCCUCCAUCGUCACCGGAGUGGAAGAGGGACGUCUGAUCUUUGACAACCUGAAGAAGUCCAUUGCCUACACCCUGACCAGUAACAUCCCUGAGAUCACCCCCUUCCUCUUCUUCAUCCUGGUCAACAUCCCACUGCCCCUAGGGACCAUCACCAUCCUCUGCAUCGACCUGGGAACCGACAUGGUGCCAGCGAUCUCCCUGGCCUACGAGGCAGCAGAGAGUGACAUUAUGAAGAGACAGCCCAGAAACCCAGCCAGGGACAAACUGGUGAACGAGAGGCUGAUCAGUAUCGCCUACGGACAGAUUGGGAUGAUCCAGGCUCUGGGAGGGUUCUUCUCCUACUUUGUGAUCCUGGCAGAGAAUGGUUUCCUUCCCUCUUUAUUGGUGGGCAUCAGGCUAAACUGGGACGACCGCUCCAACAACGACCUAGAGGACAGCUACGGACAGCAAUGGACCUAUGAACAGAGGAAGAUAGUGGAGUACACCUGUCACACAGCCUUCUUCGUCAGUAUUGUGGUGGUACAGUGGGCUGAUGUCAUCAUCUGCAAGACCAGGCGCAACUCUGUCUUCCAGCAGGGCAUGAGGAAUAAGAUCCUGAUCUUUGGGCUGUUUGAGGAGACAGCUCUGGCUGCUUUCCUGUCCUACACCCCAGGCAUGGACGUGGCUCUCAGGAUGUACCCCCUCAAGCCCAGCUGGUGGUUUUGUGCGUUCCCGUACAGUUUCCUCAUCUUUGUUUACGAUGAGAUCCGAAAACUCAUCCUGCGCCGAAACCCCGGAGGCUGGGUGGAAAAGGAGACAUACUAUUAAAUUAUCAAACCAUUCUUUACUUCUCACCCCCUUACCUCCCCCUCUUUUUCCUCCUCCCUACCUCCACCCGUCCCUCUAAUCACAUACAAACCAUACAAGAAACCGCAUCUGAAAACUCAUCCAUUCCUCAUCCCGUAUUUUCAUCCAACAUCGCCUUGAGGACAAGAGGACCAACCACUGAGAAGGAGAGGAACAGGGCGAUCACGCCAGAUCCCUGUGCCCCUCUUCGUCUCUGCCUUUUUUUUCUGCCAAAAGACUACAGCAUAGUCAACACUGCCAAUACUCUUCGAAUGUUUACUACACUGUUAUGACACUGUUUAUAAAUGUGCUAAUACACUGUCAUGUACAAAAUACCGGUAUCUCUCUCCUCUAUCGACAACAAAAUGGCAGCUGCAUCUAGAUUCCCCCGGCGAGCGGUGUGGCGUCAUUGUCACCUGUUCCACCCCGCCAUCCCCUCGACACGCUCCCUCCACCAAUCUUCUACUUAACAUGCCCCUCAAGCCACUCCCACCACUCCCUGGCCCAAUGGGUAAAACAGAAAGAUCCCACCGCUGACACUAGUAAACGUGGAAUAAUCUCCCACGGCCUCUACAGGGGUAAAAAAAAUAAAAAAUCCCCCUCCCUCCUCCUCCUGUUCCCCUCCCUCCUCCUCCUGUUCCCCUCCCUCCUCCUCCUGUUCCCCUCUCUCCU